AAAAAAUCGGCGGCUGCAGGUUCGAGGCCGUUGCCCACAUAUUGUACAAGUACAAGGUCCCCAUCGAUACCUCGAGGGUCCGAUCACGUCAGGCACAGUAGCCGCCAACCAGGCCUCAUGGCGAUCCAGAAGAAGCACGGCAAGGGCCGUCUCGACAAGUGGUACAAACUUGCCAAGGAGAAGGGAUACCGCGCCCGUGCCGCCUUCAAGCUGAUCCAGCUCAACAAGAAAUAUGGCUUCCUCGAGAAGAGCAAGGUGGUGCUGGAUCUGUGCGCGGCGCCCGGAUCAUGGUGUCAAGUAUGCGCCGAGACAAUGCCCAAGGACAGCAUCAUCAUUGGCGUCGAUCUCGCCCCGAUCAAGCCGAUCCCCAAGGUCAUCACCUUUCAGAGCGACAUCACGACCGAGAAGUGUCGGGCGACCAUCCGCCAACACCUGAAGACGUGGAAGGCCGACUGUGUGCUCCAUGACGGCGCUCCCAACGUCGGUACAGCCUGGGUACAGGAUUCGUACAACCAAGCCGAGCUGGCGCUCCAUUCCUUGAAGCUUGCCACCGAAUUUCUGAUCGAGGGAGGAACCUUUGUGACCAAAGUCUUCAGGUCCAAGGACUACAACUCCCUGCUAUGGGUCCUGAACCAGCUCUUUACAAAAGUUGAGGCGACAAAGCCGCCGUCCUCGCGUAAUGUCUCGGCCGAGAUUUUCGUGGUCUGCCGCGACUUCAAGGCCCCUAAGCGCAUUGAUCCGCGCCUGCUCGAUCCUCGCUCCGUGUUCGAGGAUCUGAAGGACCCGGCGCCGAACAACGAGGCCAAGGUGUACAAUCCGGAGGUGAAGAAGAGGAAGAGAGAGGGUUAUGAGGAGGGAGAUUAUAUACAAUACAAAGAGAUCCCCGCCAGCGAGUUCAUUCAGACGACUGACCCGAUUGCUAUCCUCGGUCAAUACAACCGCUUGACGUUUGAGCAAGCCCAAAACGGCGACGUAGCGCUGGCCGCGCUGGAUAGGUUACCGGAAACGACUGACGAGAUUCGUGCCUGCUGCGCCGACUUGAAGGUUCUCGGAAGGAAAGACUUCAAGCUCCUUCUGAAAUGGCGACUGAGGGUUCGGGAGAUCUUCGGGUUCCCUACCAAGAAGACCACCACGGCUCCGGUCGUAGAAGAGGUGGCAGAGGUGGAGAAUAUGGACGAGGAGCUCAAGAUCCAGGAAGAGCUGCAGAGGAUAAAGGAGAAGGAGUCAGUCAAGAAGAAGCGCGAGAGGCGGAAAGAGAAUGAAAGGAAGCAGAAGGAGAUUGUGCGCAUGCAGAUGCAUAUGACAACGCCCAUGGACAUCGGCAUGGAACAGGAGGGUCCAAGGGGCGAAGGUGCCAUGUUCCGACUCAAGACGAUCGACCAGACGGAGGCGCUGCGCAGGAUAGCCAAGGGCAAGAUGGCCAUGCUUGCCGAGGCGGAGGCGAAGAAGGACCGGGACCCUGGAAUUGGGUCGUCAGGCGAGACCGACGAUGAGAGUGACGAGGAAGCGGACCGGCUCGAGCGGGAACUCGACAGCAUGUACGAUCAGUACAGAGAGAGGAAGGCGGCAGCCGACGCGAAGUACCGAGCCAAGAAGGCGAGGCAGGAACACGACGACGAGGAGUGGGAGGGCGUCUCAGCUGACGAAGGGGGCGCUAUCGACGACGACGACGAUGAGGAGCUUGAGGAAGACAGCAGCGACGAUUCGGAUGCGGAGGAGCGCGGGGACACUAGCAAGCCGCUUCUGCGGGAUCUUGCGAACACGCAGCAGGAUGGGACUGACCUCUCUAAGCGGGCCCGCGGCUUCUUCAGCCAGGAUAUCUUCCAGAGUAUCCCCGGAUUGCUGGAUGUUCCAGAAGAGGAGACGAGCGGGGAUGAGGCAAUGCCCGACGCUGAGGAUGCCUCGGAAGACGAUGUGCCAACGAUUGAGGAGCAAAAGAAGCUUCGGAGGGAGAAAUCCAAAUCCAAGCAUGAGGAAGGGAAUGGUGACUUUGAGGUUCUCAAACGGAAAGAGAAUGACGAUGACGAUUGGGAGGAAACGGAAAAGAAGACGAAGGAUGGCAGGCCCAACAUCGACAUCAUCACUGCCGAAGCCAUGACACUCGCUCACCAGCUGGCUCGUGGCGAGAAGUCAGCCUACGACCUCAUCGACGAAGGUUACAACAAGUAUGCCUUCAAGGACCGCGACGGGUUGCCCGACUGGUUCAUAGACGACGAGAGCAAGCAUGACAAGCCGCAGAAACCCAUCACCAAGGAGGCGGCGGCGGCGAUCAAGGAGAAGCUCCGGGCCUACAAUGCCCGACCGAUCAAGAAGGUCGCUGAGGCGCGGGCCAGGAAGAAGCUCAAGCAGGCGCAACGCCUCGAGAAGCUCAAGAAGAAGGCGGAUUUGCUGGCUGGGGAUGAGGGCAUGUCUGAGAAGGAGAAGGCCACUAGCAUCGCCAAGCUGCUCUCUGCAGCUGCGCGGAAGAAGCGUAGACAGCCUGUCAAGGUGGUCAAGGCUGCCGGCGCGAACCGCGGUAUCUCCGGCAGACCUAGGGGCGUCAAGGGCAGGUAUAAGAUGGUGGACCCGCGUAUGAAGAAGGAGAUGCGGGCGCUGAAGAGGAUUUCGAAGAAGAAAAAGUAGAUGCGCCAAGAGAAUUGGAGAGCGCAUUCAAGGGGCAUUAUUAUAGGUCAUGCGGGCCAAAACGCUCAGCUGUUUGGAAUUGGAAUACAAUACCAGAGGCUCAAGGCAGGAAUCUCUCAAGAUUCACUGUUGCGCAGCAGGCCUGGGUUCGAGUGUUUCCAACCUCGAACUGAGUUGCCAGUUUUCCUUAAACUCGGUGAUCCGACUGGUGAGCGCCGGGCUAGAGGGUUUCGUGGCCACCAAGCUUCCUCACAAAAGAUCCGAUAGACGGCUUGUGGGUAAGCUUCUUAUCCCGUUGUCUCUUUUCAUUCAAUUUCCUAUCCCGCAUUCGUCUUUUCUAUCGUCUUCCCCUUCUAGUUACGUUUGCUUUUACAGUGAGACCCCUUAGAGCGCCAUGUCUCUCCUAUUAGAUACCGAUCUGACAAAUGUGCUCAAGGGAUAUAGAGGUCCGGUGAAGUCCA